AUGUCUACCGUCGGGUGUUUGGGUGUGGGCGAUCAGCGCGAAUCCACCAAAGAGAUCCUGGUAGGAUACCAGAGUAACACCUGCUGUCACAAAUUGGGUGUGGGUCUACUUUCCGGGACUGUGACUUCAGAUGCCCCAAACUUGGCACAAAUAAUAAUACUCGAUGGAUGGGAUGAUCCGGACGACCGUCUGGCUUCAUAUUGGCCUACGGGGUUUUCGCCGCCUUUUGGUAUUGCUCGACCGGUACUGCGUGCUCGAUGUGGACGUGCAGGCACUGCUGUGGAUGAAUUCUAG